UUUCUCUUUUAUUUUCAUCCUUAUGGAGGAAGGUGACACUAAUAAUGGUCGGUCUUGAUAAUGCUGGUAAAACUGCUACAGUCCGAGGAAUUCAAGGAGAGUCUCCUGAAGACGUGGCUCCAACAGUUGGGUUUUCCAAAAUUGAUCUUAAGCAGGGACGCUUUGAAGUGACAAUCUUUGAUUUGGGAGGUGGAAAACGAAUUCGGAAUAUCUGGAGGAACUACUAUGCUGAGUCCUACGGGGUGAUAUUUGUGGUGGAUUCCAGUGAUGUUGAAAGAAUGGAAGAAACAAAGCAAGCCAUGAUAGAAGUUUUAAACAGCCCUAAGAUAUCAGGAAAACCUGUAUUGGUGCUGGCAAAUAAGCAGGACAGAGAAGGAGCUCUGUCAGAAGCAGAUGUAAUCGAGUCCUUGUCUCUGGAGAGGCUUGUCAAUGAACACAAGUGUCUCUGUCAAAUUGAACCUUGCUCAGCUAUCAUGGGCUAUGGGAAAAAAAUUGACAAAUCAAUAAAAAAGGGGUUAUUUUGGCUUCUACAUAUCAUAGCCAAAGAUUUUGAUGCCUUAAAUGAGAGAAUCCAAAGAGACACCACAGAGCAAAAGGCAUAUGAAGAACAGAAGAAACUGGAACGAGCUGAGCGAGUAAGAAGGAUACGAGAAGAAAGGGAAAAAGAAGAAGGAGCUGUACCUGAUGAGGAAGACCCUGAGCCUGGGAAAUAUCAGAACCCCUUCCAGCCUAUAUCUGCUGUAAUCUCUGAGAAUGAAAAGCAAAUAGAAAAGGAGAAGAAGCGGCAAAGGUUGGAGACUGAAAAGGCUACAAUUGUCUUGAAAUCACAAACAGAGCAGGACCAGAUGGAUGCCCAGCACUUACCAAGUAGCAGCAGCCAAAACACAACUGACAGCAGACUAGAAAUGUGCAAUUCUGCAACUACACAGCUUUUGCAGCACUCGGAAGAGAAUGAUCACCAAGCCUCAGAUUGCCUUGACUCAGAUAACAGUAAGAAAAAAAGUAAAAAACCAAAAUUAAAAAGGGGCCACAGAGUAGAACCUAUUAAUCCAGAGGAUUCUCUUCCCAAAAAUCCAACACCACCACCAGCACUUCCACCAGUUGGCUGGGGAACUCCCAAACUAAAUAGACUUCGAAAACUUGAGCCUCUUGGUGAAACACAUCAUGCUGGCACAUAGAGAGAAGGCUGCAAGAGAGAAAAGCCAGAUGAAGAGACUGAGAACCUGCUCCUGAUGGGAUACUUAUUGGAAUUUUUCUAAGACCCGUGAUUCUUUAUUUGGAAUAUUCCCUGAAUUGCAUCUUUCUGAAAACCAUCUUUUUGGCUGUCCCUUCAGCAGAGAAAUAAUUCAGUGUUGCUUUUUUUCCCCCAGCUUUGCCCAAAAUCCACUCCCAAGUUGGGUUUAAAAGUUUUCUCAGACAUUCAACCUUUGUGAAAUAAAAAGGCAUUUUUAUUUCCCUUUUGGUUUCAUGAUUAAUUUAUAUAAAUAGCUUGAAGGAACAAUUUGCAGACAAAGUAGAGAUUCUAGUAGAGAUACUUUUCAAUAAGGAGAGUAGUAAGUCCUUUGUGUUUGUCUUAAAUUAUUUUUUUAUUGUAAGUGUCAGAUAUUUAGUAAUUCUUGCUGCUGAAAUAUGUAAAAUUUGGGUAGUGUGAGGCUGAAACAACCUCCAAAGGUCUGGUUUUUAAUGUUAGGCUUUCUCAAACAUAUAACUCUGCCUUAAUUAUGCAAACUGGAAAAUUUAAGUGUUAAUGAGCAGGCUAUUUAAUGUAUAUAUUGAGUUAUUUUUGUGUCAUUCUUAGAAGAGAAUGUUGAAUUGGCUGUUAACAGGCAGUAGAGUCAAUUAUAUAAGUCUUUAAUUUUACACUUAUUUCAGUAAAGACUGCAAUUUUUCCAAUCAUAAUAAUGAUUCUGGCACAACAUUAGGUAAUGAGUGUCUGUUUAUUGUUGGUGGAGGAUACAUUUGCAAGAAUAAUAAACCUCUUCCAGUAUAGGAGGUAAAAUUAUCUGUCAUUCCUAAAGUGGUCUGCCAGACCUCAAGAAAUUUAUAAAUUGAUUAAUAAAACCAUCCAUUGUACAGGUUUUUAUUUGCCUGGUACUCGUUUGUUGCAGUUUUCUUGCUGCUGUAACAGUGAAUUAGCACUAUUAAAAUCAAAAGAUUUACUACAAUAACAUAAAAGUGUUAUCAUUUUGCUGAUUAAAUGUAAGGAAAACUAAAACCUUGAUCCUGCAGACAUGUACAUAUAGUCUUAGAGUAGUGUAAUCCACCUUGUUUGCUUUUGUUAAUUCUAGCUCAGGAGUGCAAUUUUAAGUUAUUGCAUAUGUAGAAAAAGUGGAAUAUAUUCUUCUUGGGAAAUUUUGAUUUAUUAAAGCUGAAUUUUGUGUUGGCAGGCCAUCAAGGCUUUGCUGGGGAAGAGGUGGUCUGUAUAAACAAAAUUGAGAUUUGAAUGCUUCAAAAA